GGAGAGCCAUCUAGUCUCCUGUAUAAACCACCCCUUCCCACCGCUCAAUUCGCAGAGCAACCCGAAUGGAACAGCUGCCUCUCGCCGGAAUAAUCUUCGCCCUUCUCUUCUUUCUCUAUGCUCUCUUCACUAUAUCCCGGAGAUCCGCCGCUCAUCGGAAGAAACUCCCACCGGAGUGCGGUGGCGCCUGGCCGGUGAUCGGCCACCUUCAUUUGCUAAGUACAAAAGAGCCAACUCACAUAACCCUUUCAAAAUUGGCUGAUAAAUACGGACCAAUAUUUACAUUUCGGUUCGGUAUGAAAAAGGCCUUGAUUGUGAGCAAUUGGGAAAUAGCAAAAGAGGUUUUUACUACAAAAGACAGAAUCUUUGCCUCUCGACCAAAGCUUGCAGCCUCAAAUCUAUUGGGCUACGACUAUGCCAUGAUGGGGUUGAGCCCUUACUCUCCACAUUGGCGCCAUGCGCGCAAGAUAGCCACUCUUGAGCUCCUCACAAACCACCGCCUCGAGCAGCUCCAACACAUCAGAGCGGCGGAGGUUCAAAGAUGGAACAACAAACUAUAUGAAUUAUGGGUCAAAAGAAAAGACGAAAAAUUGGUGGUGGAAAUGAAGAAUUUGUUCGCUGACAUAACGCUCAACACCAUAUUCAUGAUGGUGAUCGGAAAGCGAUUCUCCACCGCCUUCGACGGCCACGACGGUGAAGAUUGCCAAAAGGCAUUGAGGGAUGUCUUUGAAUUGUUUGGAAUGUUUGUUCCAUCGGAUUCGUUUCCAUUUUUGUGGUGGUUGGACUUCGGAGGACAUCAAAAACGCAUGAAAAAGACAGCAAAAAUACUCGAUGGGGCGUUCGAAAAGUUCCUCAAGGAGCAUCGCCAGAGGAGAGAUCGUGUUAAACUUGAGAUGAAGGAAGAAGACUUCAUGGAUGUCAUGAUCUCUAGGGUUAAUGAAGAUGGAAACCUUUUCAGCUUCGAUGGUGACACAGUCGUCAAAGCUACUUGCUUGAAUAUGAUAUUGGGUGGAUUCGAUACUAUGACGGUAACAAUGACGUGGGCGCUUUCGUUACUCCUCAACAAUGAAGAAUCGCUUAAAAAGGCCCAACUUGAAUUAGACGAACAAGUCGGGAGGGAAAGACAAGUACAAGAGUCUGAUGUGAAAAAUCUACCAUAUUUACAAGCUAUUGUUAAGGAAACUCUACGGUUGUACCCAGCUGCGCCACUCUUAGUCCCUCAUGAAUCUAUGGAAGAUUGUACCGUUGCGGGUUACUAUAUACCUGCUGGGACACGUCUUAUAGUUCAUGCUCAAAAGCUUCAAAAGGACCCAUCUUUUUGGGAGAAUCCGUAUGAAUUUCGCCCGAAAAGAUUUCUAACUAGUCAAAAGAAUGUUGAUGUUAGAGGACAGAGUCCUCAAUUGAUACCGUUUGGAAAUGGACGAAGGAUGUGCCCUGGAAUCUCAUUUGCCCUCCAAGUUAUGCAUCUUACACUUGUGAACUUGCUUCAUGGGUUUAAUAUCGGUAGGAUGUCAGAAGAACCACUUGACAUGGAGGAGAGUUUUGGAUUGACUAGUGUUCGAAAAGCUCCACUCGAGGUUGUUUUAUCUCCUCGCUUACCUGCUCAUGUUUAUGUGUGAUAUUAAAAACAAAAAAUUAGUUCAAUAAAGUUGGUGUACUUU